ACUCAGAUGAAAGUGACGUUCUGUGAUCCGCCAGCCGCGCGUCCCGUCAGCUGAUCUCUAGUAUUGUUGUGGCGUGCUUCCGGUGUUUAACCGUACACCUUCCGGAAUGCAGCGAAACAUAUUGACUUCUGUGCUACUGCUAGUGAGCCUUUCCUCCACACUUGCAGUAGAAACAGUUCAGACCUGUCAGUGCAAAGAGUACUGGAACUGCGUCCUUGGGGGUGGAGUGCCAACAACAUACUGUGGACUGACGGAGUCCAGCGUGUGCUGCUUCCCUCGACCUCCCAGACUCGGCACCUCCUCUCACUCAUCGUGUGGUCGCAAGGGAGCAGACUCUGGCAUCCAGGGAGUGGCCGGCCCCGGCGAGUGGCCCUGGCAUGCAGCCUUACUGGAGAGAGAGAAUGCAGUGUAUGUGUGUGGAGCCUCUCUGAUAGAUGAGUCCUGGGUCCUGACAGCAGCUCACUGUGUAGACAAGUUCCUAGGAUCGUUCCAGCAGUUGAAGGUGCGACUGGGAGAACAUGACGUCACAACAACAGAUGAACCCACAGAGCAUGAAGAGAGGAACGUUGCACAGAUUGUCGUUCAUCCCAACUUCGACAACAAGACCCUAGUCCACGAUCUUGCCUUGGUCCGUAUGGAGAAAGCCUCCAGAAGAAGGACCAACAUAGACAUAGUGUGUGUUCCUUCUGACCAAUUGAUUUUACCCAAGAACAAGACCUGCUAUGUCACAGGGUGGGGGAAACACUCAGAAGACUCGAGCCAUUCCGUAGUUCUGAAAGAGAUCUCAGUCCCUCUGUGGCAGAACAGUGAGUGUGAGGCAGCUCUAAGGACCAGUUUUGGAGCCAGAUUUUCACUCUCCCCAACAGCUAUCUGUGCUGGGGCAGAGGGCAAGGAUGCUUGUGAUGGUGACGGAGGCGGACCCUUGGUGUGUGAAGACCGAGGUCGCUGGUACCAGGUGGGCAUCGUGAGCUUCGGGGUCGGCUGUGGCAGAGCAGACGUCCCUGGCGUCUACACUAGAGUGUCCUUCUACCAUAACUGGAUACAUGAGACUGUUAUACAGCAUAGGAGGAACAGGGGCUGAACUGGGGGAAAGGUGAACCUGUGAAUUGGAGAACUAUAGUGAACCUGUGAACUGGGGAACUUGUGAACUGGAGAAGUAAUUGAACUAUAGGGAACUAGUAAACUAGUUAACUAUAGUGAAAUGGUGAGCUCUUCAACUGGGAAACUAGUGAACUGUUGAACAGGUGACAAACGUGAACACAAAUAAUCUGAGUAAGAUCUCAAGUGUUUGCCCAGUUUCUUUAUUUACAUUGCUAUGAUUCUGAACUGAUGUCUUUAAAAGCCAUGUUAAUUUAUUAUUGUGUUAGAAUUACAUUUGUUUGGAUCAA